UUCAUACCAAUGGGAUUCAACUUGACCACAAUCGAAAAGUUGUUUGGUCUUAUCAUCAUGGUUUUUGUUAUUUAUUCUAGCAAGUGGCUAUGUAAACCAUUGUCUUUCUUUUCUCUCAACCGAAAAAUAUUUUCCUCAACUUUAAACUUUUGGAUCACAGAUCUAAUAUAUUUAAAGAGACGUAUAGGAUUGUAUCAGAAAUCAAAUGCCGUUCAAGUUUUGGUUCCUAAAAUGGGUCCCAAAAAAAACAAUAAGCCGACACUUUUCAAAUACACCAAGCAGUCACAGCUGUGGAAUAAUCCAGUGGUCAGUUUUUUUCAAGGAGUGGACAGACGGUGGAUCCUCUUUUUGGUUGCAAUCCUUCAUGGAACCUUUAGUCCUAGUGUACGUAUUCUAUUUGAUCUUCCACAUGCUCCGGAUUCAGCUUUAUUUAAUACACUUCGGUUAUUGCUCUCUUCCUCGCUAUAUCUUCCCAUUCUUAUUCAUUCCUUUAUUCGAAACAAAGAAGAGUCAAUGGAUAUUUCUCGUGGCAAGUCCGUUGGUUCUUCAUUUAAAGCUUCCUAUUCAUGGCUCUUGGCUGGAAUGGAACUUGGUAUAUGGGUCUUUUUAGGCAAUGUUUCUCAAGUGGUUGGUUUAGAAACGACAUCUGCUUCAAGAGCAUCAUUUUUAGUACAACUUCAAACUCUAUUUGUACCCAUUAUUUCUGGCUGGUUAGGAUACGUAUCCAGUCGAAGCGAUCGUUUUGCUUCUAUUAUAUCCAUUAUAGGAGUAGCAAUUCUUUCCUCGAGUAAAUCCUAUUCAUCUUCUAACCGUAUCUCCUUUUUGGGAGAUGGCUUAGAAAUAUUAGCUGCUGCAUUCUUCUCAGUCUAUGUAAUUAGGUUGGGUUACUAUGCUCGUCUCUAUUCAUCUAUUUCAUUAGCGAGUGUCAAAGUGAGCAUGCAAGCGUUGUUGUCGAUGAUUUGGUUGUUGUGGGACAAUGUUCAAUCCAACCAACAUCAUGAUACUCCAUUGCAUACUUGGUUCAUGACCAGUUUCGAGUCGAUGCAAAGUUUUUUACAUACCGAUGACAAGUGGAUAUUUGUUUCCGUCAUAUUAUGGACUGGUGUGAUGAUAUCUGGUGUAAGUACUUUAUUACAAACGUUUGGACAAGAACAAGUUUCUUCAAGUGACGCUGCCAUGAUUUAUGCAACCCAACCUUUAUGGGCUUGCAUGUUUUCAUUUUUGUUGUUACAUGAAAGUCUUCAAUCGAGUGAUUGGUUGGGUGGCUUAUUCAUUUUAGGAGAAAUCAUGAGAUGGACUCGAUGGAAUAGAGAAGUCGAACAACACUUGAUUGUGCACCACUCUCAACGUUUGUGGAGUCUUGAGUCUUUGCUGUUUUGGUUGUUGGUUGUGAUUGUAUUGAGUUGGGUCGGCGUCGUUGUAACAAGACAACUAUCUUAUCCUAUUCUUUCUCGUUUCAAGAAAUCUAGAAACCUUGAAGGAUUUUUUCAUAUAUCUGAUAUUCAUAUGGAUCCUCUAUAUCAACCUACUUGGAGUUUGGAACAAGGUUGGAGUUGCCGUCGUCCUUCACUCCAUCUUUCUGUUAGUGACCAACAUAACUUGCGUCCUGUUUGGGAAACUAUCCACAAUUCCUCCGAAUUGGCUUAUCCUUUUGGAAGAUUGGGAUGUGAUUCCUCCAUUUUUCUAGUAGAGUCCAUGUUGCAAGCUAUGAAGAAAGUUUGUUCCUUCCCUGCCUUUAUAUUAUUUACUGGAGAUUUGGUAGCUCAUGAAGUACCUCACAAGUUGCACAAAGAGACCAUUCUUCGUUGGUUGGACUUGUAUCGAUAUUAUUUUCCAAAUACUUGUUGGAUACCUGUCGUUGGCAAUCAUGAUAUUUUUAUUCCAUAUAGUGACGAUGAUGAUCGCUUUAGGAAUAUAGAUGAUAUGGAACGUUAUGUUAUCCAACAAUUGGGCCAAUUAGAACAACUCUAUUUUCAAAACACUAGUUAUUCCUUUCAAACUUUAGGUUGUCAUAGUUAUCACAUGAUGAAUGAUGAAUUGCGAGUCAUCGUUUACAAUUCUCUAUGGUUUACACCUCGUUUUUGGUCGAGUGGGUUAUUAUCCAUAGGAAGGAAUGAUUCAUCGGAACGAGUAGGAAUAGAUGAUGAGAUCUGUGAGUCUAUGUCAUCGUUGUAUUCAGUACAACAGCAACAAAUUUGGUUGCGCAAAGAGUUAUUCAAUGCCAUAGGAAAGAAAGUCAUUCUAGUUUCUCAUAUUCCACCGGGUUGGAAAUCCAGUGAAGAAUAUAAUUGGUGUCCUGUAUUUGUGGAUUGGUUUGUAUCUUUGAUGAGAGAAUAUUCUAUCAGGAAGGAUAUGCUAUCUAUUCAGUUGUAUGGAGACCAUACGAACGAUGAACUUCGAGUGAUGACCCAAAAGGACCAUUCCCUUCAAGUGAUAUCCACAUUGUUGAUACAUUCAGGACUUUCUAGUAGAAGAAGAGUACCUGGAAAUCCUAGUUUUCGUUGGGUUGAUAUAGAAAACCAACAAUCACACUCACCUAUUCGGGAUUAUACAGUUUAUAUAUUUCCUUUACAACGAAUCAAUUGGGAAUGGAAAUGGAAGUCUAUGGGAAGAAGUGACCCUUUUUCUUCAAUGUCCAUGAUUCCAUGGAAGUUGUUGUAUAGAUGGAGUGAGUUGUAUAAAGUAUCCACCAUCGAUGCAAAGAAUAUGGCUGAUUGGAUAGAAAAACUAUCAAAAGACUUUGAUACUUUGGAAAACUAUGUUUGGGCUCAAACCAUUGGUAUGAUGGGAAGAAAUGGAAUGGAAUGUACUCUUUGUGAUAUUUUAUAUAUCGAUCAAUCCAAUCAUCAACAAUGUUGUCAACCCUCAUAAAGUGGGUUCUCUCGUUGCAUUCUUUGGUGGGUUUCAUGAAUCAAUUGAAAUACUUUUGACUCAUUCAUAUGACAGGAUGUACUAUAAUGUUGCAAUAUGGAAAUACAUUGUUGAAAAGAUGAACAAGAUAACAACAAUGACCUAUCAUAUACAUCAUAAAUGAUUCACAUACAUA